GAGAGAGAGGCUGAGCCAGAUCUUCAUGCCACUGCAGGCAGCAGCAGCAGCAGGUAAAACCGGCCCCGGAGCAUCUGCUCCCUUCACCCGCUUGCUCCCCUCCCCGCCGGCCGCCCCGCAGUCAAAGUGCGCCGGCCCCCGCCGGGGCCUCUCCCGGCGGCGCCGCCCCGUCCCGCUGCCCCCGGCCGUCGGCGCGCAGCGCUGGGGCUGGUGAGGCCUGCGCGCAGCGGGUGCCGCGGGCCGCUGCCCGGCCUCCUCCCGCUGCUUCCCGCGGGGCCGCCUCCUCCGGGCCUGGCGGAGGGCAGGUGCCCCCGGUAGGGACCGCUGAAGCCAGAGCCUCGGUUCUGGGAGAUGGAAGCAGGGAGGGAGGAGGAGGAGGCAGAUGGUCACAAGGUUGUCCCCCUCUGGAUUUCUUUCUCUCUCUCUUUUUUUCUUUUUUCCAUUGUUGUCGGUGGUAAUUCUGAUGGCUGAAGAGGAAAGAGUUAAGGUCGAAGUGAUUUUUCUUUUCCCAGGCCUUGAGAAAGAGUUUUUGGAAAAGGCCGGGUUUCCCUCCACUUUCUUGACCCCAGUGACUGUCUUUCCUUUCGUUCCCACCCAUCUGACCCCAGUCUAUGCUGACUGUCCAAUUUACUGCCUAUGGAGUGACAGUUUUAGACUUAUUAAUUGCCACACUUGAUUAUCCUUAGGUUACAGUAGUUCAAGUGGUGUAGUAAGUAUGGAUUUCAGUGCAAGGACUGCCAUUGGCACAUUUUAGUUGUUGGAGGGUUUUAUCCUCUUGGGUAGCUGUACCAUACCCAUCAGUUGUGUAGUGUAGGUACAUAUCCUACGGUGUUAUUCAUCCCGGGGGUUUCAUGGUCUGCUUUUAAGGAAUAGUUGUCCCAUCACUUUGACAGAACAUUGCUUUAAGUGGUACAUAUGACUUGAAAUACUUAACAAACAAGAAAAAUGUUAGUUAAUAUGUGAAAGACUCAUACUCCAAAGCAUACUAGAUUGGGAAUCAGGAGUCAAGAAUGGUCUUCUGGUUUUGCCAUGCAGCCAUACAGCAUCCUUUUGCUGCUUUAUUGCCAGCAAUCCUGCUUAUCUGUCCUUACAGAGUACUCUGCAACUUGGUUAAAAAACACAACUACUCUCAUACCAAUGAAACUUCAUUAAAGUUUAUCAGCUCUGUUACUUGCCACACUCUCAUUCAGUGAUAGCAUCUCUAUGAAAUUGAAACCUUCCACAAUGUAUCCCAAAUAAAUAUGGGCUGCUUAUUGGAAUUGAAAAUAAUUUUUGAGAAGUCGAGGGUAAUAAAACACACAGAUAAGUUAAUCUCAGAUCCCAUGUAUCUCAGAAUCAUUGCCCAGUACUAGCUUUGUAGCUCAAUGGAACCCGCAGUCCUAAAACUGGGCAGUAGGAACACUGUAUCACUUAUAGGCAACAGUGUUUUUUCUUUUGGAAACCAGGCCUUGUUUUGUAACAGUUGUCUGACUUAAUGUUACCAUGAAUAACUAGUAGCCAGACUUCUUGUUUAUUGACACCUGUGGCCUGUUCAGGUCACAUGCAUGCAUAUAAUGGUAGUGAUUACUGGACUAGGUGCAGUUUCGGUUUUGUAACGCAUUCUGACACAUCUGAUAAAAACAGAACUAGAUGCAGCCUGGCCCAAAGAAAUUGUUGAGUUUUCAAACUUACGUGAAGUUCAUAACAUUGUUGAACCUUCAACCAGAACUUACCCUUGUGUGAUUUGCGCACCUUCAUUAUUAACUUCAGCUCGUAACAGUGUAUGAGAGCACAAGCAAUUCUUCUUUUUACAUGUAAGCGUAUAUUGGGAAGAAGGUGCAUAGUUGAUUUCCCUCCUCCCCCCUAGGUUUUAUGAUGGCUUCAUAAUUUGUAGAAAUUGUUGAUGUGGUCAACUCCUAUGCAGGCUGAACAUUUCAAAAGAUACCAAUGGCAUCCUUUUGUUGGUGAGGUGAAGAGACAGGAGGAUGUUUUCCAGCUUGGUGAUUAGCCAGUGCAAUGAAUUAAGGGCUUGUACUGGUGGUAGCGUUCAAGAAUUAAUAAUGCUGGUAGGAUUCUUGCUUGUUUUGCUUCGUUUCACCUGAUGGAAGUCACAAGCCCAAUGUUAUACAAGUAAUUUUCAGAUCAUGCUGCAGUGUUAGCAGAGAUCACUUGUCACACCACAAAAAGUGGUUCAUACCUUUCCUUAAAAUACCGUGGCACCUGCAAGAGUGAUACUUAGCACUGUGAAAACAUUCUUCUCACAUUUGUCCUUUGUGUUAUGGAGUUGGUUUUACUCCGUUGUUCUUUUCUCUUUUGUUUACAUUUCAGUAGUGGAAUUCUUUUGGAAUUUGCUACCUUGUAUUAGCUUGCAAGUGAAGUGUGAUUUGGUGGAAAUGUGUUAUAUGUAUUCUGCCUGCCUAUGAUUUACACUACUGUAGAGAUAUUUGCUGUCUCUGGGUUAUUGUUGCUAUUAUAACUUCAUUUUUUACUAUGGAAGGACUAUGCAAAGAGCUGCUUUGCCCUGUAAGGAAUUCUGCUGCUGAAGUCUUUUUAGAAAGUUUACUGUGUGCUCCAUCCUUAGGAGCUUUAUCUUAAACUGUUAGGUACGCUGCUGUAAUUGGCAACAGCUGUUACUGAGAAUUGUGGAGGAUAGACAGUUUCUGAGAUAAUCAGUAACUAGUCCAUUUGAGGCUUUGUUGAUUAGCACGUGUAAGAGAAUUUUGGAUCAAGAGUCAGUGAUGACUGCAGAGUGCAAAUGUGGUAUGGUAUGUAAAUAGUUUGCCUUAGCCUCUACACCACUCUGGAGUAAAUAUGAUACAGGUUUUGGGUGUUCUAAGCCCAGUAAGCUGCCCAAGGCAGUUCACUCUGUAGCCCAUCAAGGUACAGAUACUUGGCUGUGUUGUGCUUUAGGAGAAAGAGGUCUGUGAAACGUGAUGUGAAGGAGUUUUUUGACUGCUGUAUCAAUGAGGCUACAACUCCUUUUUUUUUUUUUUUUUUUUUUUUUUUUUUUUACCUCUGAUAGAAUGGGCAUAGUUAUUGAGUUAUUGCCAUUUCCAGUUUGUGAAAGUUGUUACUGAAUUGUGUUUUGCUUGAGAAUGUUUUUAGUUAACCAUGUACCAGAUUGUUUUUUUAUUUUCUCGAUAUUUCAACUUCUGAGAUCCAAAGAGAACUCCAAAAGAACUCAGUGCAGAGUUGAAGGCUCUAUCAUAUUGGGUAGCAUUAUAAUCUGAUAUAUUGUAUUAUUUUUAUUUAUGUUAAGUGCAAAAAGGUGUGAUAUGAAUUUAGUAUCUAUGUGUGAUGGUUGUUGAGGAGAAAUAGUUGACUCUAUUUAUACUCUGAGAGUUGGAAUUAGACAUGAGAGAUAGAAGCUGAACAGCUCUCCAGACUGCAUCCAGACCUUGGAGAUGAACGUGCAGCAGUUGGCAGUCCAUGAGGAUAAAGGUCAUUGAUUACUGAACAAAACAGAAAUAGCUAUUUUGCCUCUGUUAAUGGCUAGAUGUCAAUUUCUAAAAGGACUGGAGUCAUAUCAUGACCUGGAGACUAGUCAGAAAUAAUUUGAAAAUAAUGGGAAGAAUCACAUCACUGAUGUUGAACUGAAUGUGGUGGAAAAGAGUCGUCAUUCCAGUAUCUUGCUCUGUAUUUUCUGAAAAAACUUUAUACUUCCCUAUGUAUUAUUUAAGUUGAGGUGCUUUUAGUUUUGUUAAUGGGUUAGCAAAUCUGUAUUUUAGGUGUAUUAAAGAACGUUAUUACCACGUUGCUAAUUAAUCUAGUGCAAAUAUGCAAAAUUCAUGUGGUUUACUUGACUUUCCUGCACUACUAUAUCAUGUAGUGCUGCAUUAGAACAGGGAUGAAUUCUGUCUUUAUAUGUUCACAUAUGCUUCACCUUGAACAUAUUAUAGCAUCAGUUUUUGUCUGUGUGGAUACUUUUUCUUUUGCUGAACUUCUAGUAGGCUAAGCUUUUUUUAUAAGUUUAUCAAGAUACUGAGAAUCUACCAUUUACUUCUCUGGAUGAGUUGUUUCAGUGAUUCAUCUUUUCCACUGUUUAAAAAUAAGGCAUGCAAUUAUUGUUUGAAUACAUUUGAAUGCAUCUGUCUUUCACUGGUUCUUGUUGUCGUGUCUGAAUUCUCUAUCGCAUCAGACUGCCUUAAAAACUUGAUUUUGUCCCUUUGACACAAUUUUCUCCCCUGUGUAUGGUGUCAGUCCCUAGUGUUUAAAGAUAGAAGUAGCUUUUAAAAUACACAGAUCGAAAUCUAUGAUCAACAGAUCACAGAUUUAUUGGGCCGACAGCCCUAGGACUCUUGGAGAAGUUUAACAAGUAUGCUAAUGCAAAAGGUUUGUCUCACCAUGUUUUUUAACAUCUGAUCUGGAACAUCUGUUUAACAAAUGAGUUGGAAGGAAAAUCAAUAUAAUGUGAUACAAUUAUACCAUUUUGAAUAUUUCCAACUAUAGAGUGAAAGUGUUUAUUGGUUAUUUUUGAUCGUUGUGUAUGAUUUUUAACACUUCUGCCACCUCUGCCUAGCCACGAGGCUUUGCUGGUGUUGAGAUGGUGUGUGGUGCUGUUGGCUGCAUCCUAUGUGGGUGUUUGAUGAGCUUCUACACUUCAUAACUCUGUUUCAUGUUGAUGGUGAUCCACCUCAUGCUUUUUUGUGUUGUUGAUCCUGUUUUACUUUUUAUGCUUUCUUCGUUGUUUCUUUUCCCCAAAAAAUAUCAGCAUUCAAACAUCUGGAGUGAAUUGUAACCCAAUUUGUCCUCUUUGUUAGCUGUCAGAUUUUCCCUCCCAGUCAGUUAUGUUCCUAACUAGUCUCAGCUUCAGAAGUAUACAAACCUCAGGAAUAUGAGUGUGUGUGUGCACGAUAAGUUUAUGUAUGUUUCAGUGAUCUCUGGCUAUAUAAUCAGAUUGUGAUCAGUGGUUCUUAGGCAGUUCCUUGUGCAGUGAUUUAUUCGUUUUAGCCGUUAUAAUGGGAUAUAUGGUAAUUUCUCUGUGCCUGUUACAGUGAGUGGUAUUAGAAAACUGGUCCUAAUAGUUUUUUUUACAAACUGCUAUUUUUACUCUUGACUGCUUAAGAUCCUGGGAUAUUUGGUUUCAUGAUUGAAUACUUCAGUUUGACAUCUCUUUCAGCAAAUCACAGAUAUACGCAUGUGAAAAAUACUCCUGUUCUCUAGUUGGAGCUAAUGGUUUGUAGCAGACUUCCACUUGCACUGCCCUCUGAGCUGUCUUAAUACUUAUACCUGUACAUAGUCAGUAUCCUAUGAUGAGUUACCGGGAAGUGAACACCUGAAGUACAGUUUUUGAAGACCUAGAUUGUGCAUGCUUCAUAACAAGAGUUAUUUUUGUUUCACUUGCCUUUACACAACUGGAUGUCUGGCCUUUAUAUUGGAAAGGAGUAUAGAUUUCUGAUGUUUAUUGAGAAUAGACUGGAAUUUCAAGGUGCAGAACUUGUUAAAUUUUUGAAGAAUUUCUCUAGAACUGUAGAGGUACGGUUUUGGCAUCUAGACUUUGCUCUGAUGUUAGCAUAAAGAUUGUAUCUUGCAUCAGAUGAACUCAUCUGGGCUGUUAAUUUGUCAUUUGCAGUGGCAAACCAUCGGUGCUUUACAGGAGGUGAUAAAAAAUCCCAAUUGUGGCAUGAUCUCAAUACAAAGGAGCUCUUCAAUUUUUUGUUGUUGUUGUUUGUAAUGGUUUAUGAUUAUGAAUUUUUUUCAUUAGCACCAGUGGAGGCAGCCAGUGGCUUCUGUAUCCUGCGUGAUGCAGAUAUACACAUUAUUUUCUACAACUUUUUUUUCUUCCUGCCCUUAUUUACAGCAAGGCAACAUCUGUAUCUGGAUGGUGUUCUGUCUAUAUUUUACUGUUUGGACCUUGGUAUGUUGUAGAGUUGAUCUAUUUUCUAAUAUUCAGCACCAGAUUCACUUCAAAAAAAUAUGCAUUUUUUCCUGAGCUGUGAUUAGUUUUUCUUACAUCUGUGCUUUAAAAGAAAUCGUCAAUGUUCACACUGUUCUUUUCAGAUGUAAAUUUGGACACUUUUAAAGUAAAGACUCACGAUACGUUUCACAUUUAUUUCAUAGUUGUUUUCACAUAAUCAUGCCUGCUGCACUGUAAAUGUGAACAAGAGGAUCCAACGCUUAGGCAGUACUUUGAUUUCUUGUACCUUCUUGACUAAAUUUUAUCUCGAGUAUUCAUGAUUAACAUUUGGUAGUUUUGUAGAGCCAUUCAUCCAUAAAAGAAAAUGACGUUAAUCAUUUCCAGUGAGAGGGAAGCGACUUAUUCAAGGCCAAACAGAAACUCUAAGAGGGAGCUCCAGUUAGAACCCAGAUUUUAGAACAUCCCAUCACAGUUAAUUCACUGCAAAAUAUUUAAUACAUCUCACUAUUUAAAUGAGUUUGCUAAACUGUGGAAAUGAAAAGAUUACGUAAUAUGUCUUUACUAAUUAAGUAGUAGGCUUUGUCAAAUGAAUCUGAGAAGUACAGCGAAAGAGUAGAUUUAAGGAGGGUAGUACUAAUAAUUACAGAAAGAAUGCAAGCAAAGAUUUAGCAGUACACUUCUCUUAGUGCAAAUCCACUAGGUUAUUUAAUAAUUGUGCUGGGUAUAAUAGAAUUAUUAAUUUCUGUAGUGAGAAGAGUGGCUUUCAGCUGAUACUGAUGGUCUUGUUGUACGGCCUGCUUCCUAUAAAACAUUGCAUGACUUUCACAGCAGUGACUUGGAAACAUGCAGAAUAUACAGACUGUAUUUCAUUUGGAACCAUGUAUUUGAAAGAAAGGGAAGAGCUUUCCUCUACUUUCAGUUAUUCAUGAGUCCACAGAAUAGUAUUUCCUCCUUUAGGCCUGACUCAUUUUUAAUUUACAUCAUUUUCACAUAUGCCUAUGGCACUAAUAAAUAUACAGUUUGGAGAAAAGUUAAUAAAUCCAAGUAACCUACCUUGGCAACUCUUUUAUAUAUGUGUAUAUACAUAUACAUAUGUAUGUUUUAUAUGGAUAUAUGUAUUUUUUGCACACUGAAAAUCAAAGCUGUUGCUGCUUAUGAUAGUACCUUUUAAAAGUCAUUGUACCACACAGCAUGCACAAUGCACUCUAAUACAUACAUCUAACAGGCCAAAUACUUGACCUCCUUUAGUUUUAAUUGUUGAUUCACAUUUAUAAAUAGAAUGUAUUUUAGCCCUGCUAGUUCUCCUGCUGCAUGAAAACGUGAAGUGGAUAAUGUUUAAGGGAUUGUUUUCUUCUGAAGAAUGCAGAAGUUGAGACACCACUACAUUUCCUUUCUGUAGCUGUUUGAGAGAGAAACAGAUGUGUUUGUGUAGAGGAACAGGCAACAGGCAGGAAGUGCAUGACUUCCUUAAGCAGAGGAACUCACAUCCAAAUUAGUAGAAAGGUUUUUUUCUGGGCGCAUACAUGUUCACAUAUGGUGAAAGAAGAUGAUGACAGUGCCUUCUAAUGGGAUACAAGCCCUACAGAGCAGUAGCAGCAAAACUUCUGAAGGUUUGCAGAAGAUAGUAAGAGAACCACCAAGAAGGCUAUUGCAGUAUUAUAAAUAUCCUUCAGUGGAAAUUAUUGCCAAUAUGUAUCAUUCUGUAUCUGAAACCAGUCACCCUUUACAAACAGAGGAACAGGAAGUAGGCAUUGAUCCCUUGCAGAGUUACUUGAACAAAACAGAGGAAGGAGGAUCAAAUGAGAAUGGAAGCACACAGCACACAUCAGAUUCUGCUGGAACAUUUAUUUCUUACAGUAAAGAAUGGGAAGAACUAUUUGUAAACAACAAUUACUUGGCAACUAUACGGCUGAAGGGGAUUAAUGGGCAGCUGAGAAGCAGCAGGUUCCGUAGUGUUUGCUGGAAGUUGUUUCUGGAGGUUCUACCCCAAGACAGAAGUCAAUGGAUUAAAAACACUUCAGAAUUAAGAACUUCAUAUAAUAAGAUAAAAGAAAUUCACAUUACAAACCCUCGGAAAGCAGGACAGCAAGAUCUGAUAAUCAACAAUCCUCUCUCUCAGGAUGAGGGGAGUCUUUGGAAUAAAUUUUUCCAGGAUAAAGAGCUUCGAGCAAUGAUUGAACAAGAUGUAACAAGAACUUUUCCUGAAAUGCAGUAUUUCCAGCAAGAGAAUGUGAGGAAGAUUCUUACAGAUGUUCUGUUCUGCUAUGCCAGAGAAAAUGAGCAGUUGCUUUAUAAACAGGGUAUGCAUGAACUCUUAGCUCCCAUUGUCUUUAUCCUCCAUUGUGACCACCAAGCCUUUUCACAUGCCAGUGAAGCUGCACAACCAAGUGAGGAAAUGAAAGUUCUUUUGAAUCCCGAAUAUCUGGAACACGAUGCCUAUGCAAUGUUCACACGUCUUAUGAAGACUGCAGAGCAUUGGUUUUCAACUUUUGAGCAUGACAGUCAGAAGGAGAAAGAUGUGAUGAUUACACCUAUGCCGUUUGCAAGACCACAGGACUUAGGCCCAUCUAUUGCUAUUGUAACUAAAGUAAACCAAAUUCAGGAUCAGCUGCUGAAGAAACAUGAUAUUGAGCUGUACAUGCAUCUGAACCGACUGGAAAUUGCUCCACAGAUUUAUGGACUGAGGUGGGUAAGGCUCCUCUUCGGACGUGAAUUCCCACUCCAGGACCUUCUUGUUGUCUGGGACGCUCUAUUUGCUGACAGUAUCACCCUGAAUUUAGUUGACUACAUUUUUGUAGCCAUGUUGUUAUAUAUUAGAGAUGCCUUGAUAUCAAGUAAUUAUCAGACCUGUUUGGGACUUCUGAUGCAUUACCCUCCCAUUGGAGAUGUUCACUCCCUUAUCCUAAGAGCACUUUUCCUUCGAGAUCCAAAGAAAAAUCCAAGACCAGUGACUCACCAGUUCCAACAAAAUUUAGAUUAUUACAAAGCGCGUGGAGCAGACUUGAUGAAUAAAACCCGUGCCAGUGCUAAAGCUGCCCCACUGAAUAUCAACAAAGUCUCCAACAGCUUAUUGAACUUCGGCCGAAAGCUGAUCGCUCCAGCCAUGGCUUCAGGUAGCACUGCAGGCCCCACAGCCGGGACAGGCAGCUUCCCUCCAACAACAGGGCCUACCCGUGGGACAACAGAAGCCCCCCAGUACCACCAGCACCAGGCACAGCAGCAAAGAAUGAUGAAAUCAGAAAGCAUGCCAGUCCAGCUGGGCAAAGGCGAUGCCCCCAGUGGCGAUGCUGCACUGCCCGGCCCCGCGCAGAACCCCACUGCGCUCCCAGGUCAAAGUUCAAAAAUCAGCUCAUCUCCAAGCAUAGAGAGCUUGCCUGGGGGACGUGAAUUUACAGGAUCUCCACCUUUGUCUGCAUCAAAGAAGGAUUCGUUUUUCAGUACCAUCUCCCGUUCUCGUUCCCAAAGCAAGACUAUGAGCAGAAAAGAGUCUAGGACAUACUCCACGAUUUUUCCAAGGACUAAGGAGGAGGAAUUGGAGGCCCAAAUUUCAUUCCUACAAGGACAGCUAAAUGACUUGGAAGCUAUGUGCAAAUACUGUGCAAAGAUGAUGAACACACAUCUUGGAAAUAUUCAGGAAGUCAUAUUACAAGAACACUUGGAAAAAGAAGAUGAAAUUCUGGUUUCCUUGGCUGGUUUGAAGCAGAUCAAAGAUAUUCUGAAGGGUUCCUUGCGUUUCAACCAGAGCCAACUGGAAGCUGAAGAAAAUGAGCAAAUCACGAUAGCAGAUGACCAUUACUGCUCCAACAAUCAGAACAAAGGGACCGGUGAUAUCCUAAAGGGAUCUGUUAUGACAAAACAACAGUUCAUCUCAGGACGACAGACUGCCACUCAUUCAAGCACUAGUGAGAGUAAGGGUGCUGAUGACUGUAUUUUGGUUUCCAAAGAAGAAGGAAGCAGAAAUGCUGUCCCUGAGCCAGCACAGUUGCUUCAGACAUUCAAGGAGUCAGCAGUGAAGCCAGAAGCUCCAUCUCGUCCUUUGGUAUUCUCUGACCCUCUGAUGGGCUCCAUCUCAGCCUCCUCCAGCAACCUGAGUUCCAGCCCUGAUGACAACAGUAGUAAUAACAGCAAAGAUUCUGACUUUGCUAUUGUAAGCCCACUGGACAUCUAACUAAACUGACUGAGAGAAAUUGGAAGACCAACUGGUACACCUCAGCUCGGCUUCCAGUGGUUCCACAGGCUGGACAGUUCUUUGGAUUAGAAGGACAGAAAAUAGGUAAAAGCAACCCAUUCAGCUGCCAAAAGCCUAGGUUAAAAAAAAAAAUACAUUUUUUGUUGCAACUCUUCAAAAAGAAUAUACAUCUUGUAAUGACUGCCUUAAGUAAAAACCCAGUAAAACCUGGUUCUAAUAUACAGUUAUUCUUAGUUAUAGAUCUGUCUUACUUACGAGCUUUGUUACUAUAGAACUGUUGCUUUCCCAAAACAUAGAAUAGUAUGUGCUAGGUACCAUAAUGGAUUAGGAAAUGCGUGUGUACUUGACAUCAGAUCUGAAGAGGAAAAGACAAACUAGAUUUAAUAUUGUCCUUCCGCAAAAUAUGCUAGACUGGGUUUUCUGAAUAGGCAAGGCCACUGUUUCUUCAGAGACUGUGACUACAGAAGUAGAGAAUGUAAAUCAGAAAAAUUAAAAGCAUCAUCCUGGCACUUGUUCUCAGUUGAGGAAUCCUAGUUUAUUUCUUUUCAUCCAGCAGUAGCCUGAGGUGCAUUAAAGGCACAGGUUUGUGUAAUAGUUCCUCAGCACUGUGUUAAAGUAGAAUGUGUUACAAAUUCCUUGAGAACGGGGACCUACACAACAGGGCCUUACUUCCCUUUGCCUACUAUUUUUCCCCUUGAGAACUCUCAGCUCACCUCUUUCCCUCUUUGUAUCCGUGUGCUUUUUCUCCCCUGGCAUGAAUUAAUUUUGAUUUUACUGAGAUUACUACCAUCAAAGAGUAGGGAAAUUACAUUAUUUCAUAGUAUACACCUAAGCCAGUUGAUCUAAAAUUAUUCAGUAUGGUAACUUAACAGGGAAGAGUGCAAAGUGACAUAAAAUGUUCAUAAUUAAAAGCACUUUACGUCUCCUUACUAUUAUCUUCUAUAUAUUCUGUUUACAUAAAUGCCUAUAUGAUUUCCACAUUACUAGUCAGCAAAAAAUACAUACUGGUGCAGCAGCAUUAACCAACAGAAAGUUUUUAAUUAACCCUAAGACUUGUUCUUCUAUGGAAAAGCGUAUUUCUUUGCCAUCAAGUAUCUAAUCAAGUGCAUCUAAUAACAGUUCUUUUCAAGUAGAUAAGAUGGGGGUUCUUUGUACUCACUGAUUCCUUUAAACUCUUCCGGAAUUUGCAAAAAGAAGCUGUUAGCUAGAGGAAGCCUGCUGCUCAUGCAGUACCUGUGCAGUUAUAGCCAGAGGAAGUUGUGCUAGAAAAUUACUCCAUUUCUAACAACAGCACAAAAUCUGAAUUAUUUUGUUUCAAGAUACUUAUCAAGUACACCAUGCAAGAACACUGUAAUUGCAUGGCGAAGCUUCUGUGGGUAUAGUGUUUUAAAUGGUAGUUAUUUGCUGAUUAGUCUGUAAUUGUCAGUGGAGUUAAGUACAAUAUCCCAAAGAUGAGGCAAUGUGGUUUGCUGGUCUUAGAUUUUGCAAGGUCUGUGUUAAUGACUGACAUUAAGAGAUAGCUGUCAUGUAAUUACAUGGGAGCUGCCGUAUCCUUACACAUUCAGAAGCCGACGUGUAGUUCUGAGAUUCUCUGUGCCUUGUAAAAUGUUAAAACACUGGAAUGUUGUGAGCAGGCAUAGCAUCACACAUCUCUGUGGCAGUGUGGUGUGAACAGUCAGAUGACUUUGUUUAGAUGAGAGACCUUAAGCAAGUAACAUUUCAGAUAGGUGUUUAUUUUGGUUUAGUUUUAAGCUUCAUAAAAAAUCACUUUGGAAAUAAACACGCAUGCCUGCCUUCAGGUUUAUUUUAUUUCCCUGAUUUUGUGUGAAUGCCAGGGGAUUAGGUGCCUGUUGGGUUUAUAGGUCUUUACAGCUCUUCUAGCCUUAACCCAUUCAACAAGGCUUGUGCCACACUACCAACAAAGGGGAAUCUGUUCAACCAGUACUUGUGGAAAGAGGAAAGAAAUAUUCUGGGGACAGAGAGACAAGUUUUAUAUUCUGUGAUACAUAAGCCUUCAGUGAUUCCAGAACUUUGGCAGGGGAAAAUGUUUUUACUUUUUUUAUUAUUAUUAUUUUAAGAAUCAUUCUUUUCAUUUCUGUUCUGGUUGUUCGUUUCAGGGAUCACAUUGCUGUUUUCUUGGGCGGUCUCAUUGCCAUUGGAAGAGUGUGAUUUGUACAGUUCUUUUAUUUUUCUAAGUUAGUUGUAUCUUCAAUACAGCAUAUUUUAAAGCAGCACUGAAAGUAUAUACAGAUUUUUGGAGUUUCUAACAAGUUUUCUCUAAGCAGUGGAUACCACUGAGCUGAAUGCCUGUCAUGCCAAGGGAUAUAAUAAGAUCCUUAGAAGCAGAGAGAUUAUUAUGCAAGUAAGAUUGGAGCAAGUAACAGUAAACGAAUCUGCUUUGGUUAUACCAUGUCCUUCCACGUCACAGAUUUGCUGUCUAAUACUUAAACAUGCUACAGAGAUAGCUAAAAUUUUAUAUAUUCUUUAAAUCAGAUAAGCCUGUAAGACACAAUAUCAAACCAUCAUCCUGUCUUGCUUUAUGUUAGGAAUAUGCUGAGAAAUAAAUUGUCAUUUGAAAUGCAAGAUUUUUCUUUUUCCCCAGAAAAGACCCACUCAUAAUGUUCAUGGAUACCAGUAACAAGAUAGAAAAAUGAUAUGCAUUGAAAACUUCCAUUAAUAGCUAAUAUGGGAUUAAGAUAUGUAUUUGAAACUGUUGUACUGUAUCUUACAUCUGUAAUUUAUGGCUGUUUGAAGUCUUUUGCAUGUCAUAUCAGUUGUAUAUACUGCAGAGAGGCAGUAUGGUAUUUUGACUGGGUAUUCAUUUAGUUGUGGAACUUUGUGUCUUUAUCCCAGAAGAACAUCUAGCCCACUUUAUUAAAGAAAGAAUUAACCUGGGUUGUGCUUGUGCUGUUUUCACAGAAGGAAAAGCUUUUUUAUUAGAAUAUUUGAAGUAUGAUUUCUCAAAACAAAGGUUAUUAGAAACUUUAAAACUGCUCCAUUAUCUAUAUAAGCAGAUGUAUUAUUAAUAUUUUAAUCAGAUUUUAUGUAUUUGAUCCAGGGAAUCAAAUUGUUCAUCACUCAUCUCACCCAAAUGGUGCAGAACAUUUCCUAUUUUGCCAUAUUUAUUCUAUCUGACAAUGAUGUACAAGAUUUAAAGUGGUAUAACCUUUCUGCUAUUUCAUUAAACUUGUUAUGGUUUCAUCAUCUCAUCUCAGUCCCCAUCUCAGUAUCUGUACAGUACUUUUCUGAAUCUCUUACUUUAUUGCACAUUCGUAAAUGGUUCCCUUUAUUCUACAAUGUUCUCUCCUCAUUAGAGGGCAUUGAAGCAACAUUUAAAAAGAUUAAAUUUCAGGUUUAAUGUCUGUGGGACACUUGUGCCUGACAGUUACAGUGUCAUCUGUUCAAAUAUGGACACAGCAAUCUUGAACAGAUUUCCAUGUUCUGAGUGUCAGCCCUUAAAUAAUACUUUUGAUUCUGUGCUGCAUGUGUUGGUCUGGAAUGAAUGUCUGUAAUGGUUUAUUAGACUUGAAAAGGUGCAGUUUCAUAAAAUAAACUUCAUUUGGCUACAGAAUAGCGAUUA